UGAGGGGAAAAAAAAAGGAGAAAAAAAAUCUGCUUGUUGGAUAAACUGAACAGCCAUGGACGUUAUGGCUCACAGUUCAGUUAUGAAACUGUGAGACACUCAGUUCCCUUAUCUCCACCACAAUGGAGGCUUUAAACCUCACCACAACCACAAACCCACCUCUAUCCAAGUCCCUUUUCCGCGAAUCCCAUCUUCUUCGGUCCACCUUCAAACCCGAACUUAUCCCAUGCGGUGUCAAAACUCGGAGUCGCCACCGUUCAAAAAAUUUCUCUUUCACCUUCGCUUGCAAGCUGAAGACCCCUCAAGAUAUCACGAACAAUGACAAGAGCAUAUCCAAGAAGAUUGUGCUAUCUGAGGUGGCGCCGCCGCUGGGAGAGGAAGGCGGUAAAGGUACCGGAAAUGGGAAGGCUCCAGUAAAGUCAGGGCGUGGAGGUGGUGCGAUGGGGUUCGUGAAGAAGUUUCCCAGAAAGGUUCUGGCGAUUUUGUCUAAUCUGCCUUUGGCUAUUGGAGAAAUGUCCACUGUUGCGGGGCUAAUGGCCCUGGGUACUGUUAUUGAUCAAGGUGAAGCUCCAGGCUUCUACUUUCAAAAGUUCCCUGAAGAAAGUCCUGUAUUGGGAUUUUUCACUUGGAGAUGGAUUCUCACCCUUGGGUUUGACCACAUGUACUCGUCUCCCAUUUUUCUUGGAACAUUGGCUCUGCUGGGUGCGUCACUCAUGGCCUGCACUUACACAACACAGAUCCCCCUGGUUAAGAUUGCAAGAAGAUGGAAUUUUAUGGACUCGGCCGAGGCUAUCCGCAAGCAGGAAUAUUCAGACAUUCUGCCCCGAGCAAAGGUUCAAGAUUUAGGUGUUCUUCUGAUGGGAUCAGGAUAUGAGGUUUUCUUAAAAGGACCGUCCUUAUAUGCCUUUAAGGGGCUUGCUGGUCGAUUUGCCCCUAUUGGAGUACAUUUAGCAAUGCUGCUGAUAAUGGCUGGUGGAACUCUUAGUGCAACUGGGAGCUUCAGAGGUUCGGUCACGGUUCCGCAGGGGCUGAAUUUUGUUGUUGGAGAUGUCUUAGGCCCAAGUGGGUUUCUAUCUACUCCAACCGAAGCUUUCAAUACCGAGGUUCAUGUCAACAGAUUCUACAUGGAUUACUAUGACAGUGGAGAGGUGUCACAGUUUCACACUGAUCUUUCACUGUUUGAUCUUGAUGGGAAAGAGGUAACAAGGAAAACCAUUAGCGUAAAUGAUCCUUUAAGGUAUGGCGGAUUUACUAUAUACCAGACAGAUUGGAGUAUUUCUGCACUCCAAAUACUCAAGGACGAUGAAGGACCUUUUAAUCUGGCUAUGGCACCUCUAAAGGUCAAUGGAGACAAGAAGCUUUAUGGGACCUUCUUACCAGUAGGAGAUUCUGAAUCUCCUAAUGUAAAGGGAAUAUCAAUGCUUGCUCGUGAUCUACAAUCCAUUGUACUAUACGAUCAGGAAGGAAAAUUUUCCGGAGUUCGACGCCCAAGCUCGAAGCUCCCAAUUGACAUAGAUGGUACAAGAAUUAUUAUCGUAGAUGCAAUAGGCAGCAGUGGCCUUGAGUUGAAGACCGACCCUGGGGUGCCAAUUGUUUAUGCUGGAUUCGGUGCUCUAAUGCUCACUACUUGCAUCAGCUAUCUAUCUCAUUCACAGAUUUGGGCCGUACAAGAUGGAACAACCGUUACUGUUGGAGGAAAAACUAAUCGGGCAAAGGCUGAAUUUCCAGAGGAGAUGAAUCGCUUGCUUGAUCAGGUUCCUGAAAUAGUUGAGUCAUCUCUUUCCAAGGAAGCUGACAGAAUUAGUGGCUAGGUUAUUAUUGAAGAAAAUACGGUGGAUUUGGAUAGAACUAAGCAAAAACAACAAAGGGAGGAAGCUAAAGAUAAGCAGUAAAUGCAAACAGAGGCUACCAAUGCCGUGGAUAAAUAUAAGCAAAUGCAAGCAGGGGCUGAGGUAGAGGUAUACAGAAAGCUAAUAAACAAACUGAAUAUUUAUCGAUCUUGUAAUUUGAAUUAUUAUUAUUUUUCCUGAUGAUAAUUCUCUCGGACUCUUUGUAACCGACAUCCUUGAAUAUCGUAAGAAGUUAUAUUUUAAGUGACUUAGCCAGGAUCCAAGGCCCUAAGUCACAA